AUGUAUAUAUCGAGUCGUGUUGGAGACAAAUGCUCCGUUGCAGUUAGCAGACUGUCCGCUGAAACAGUCGUCAGGAUGAGCGGCAUAGGCAUGACAAUCUGGUUUCGAUGCGUCACUGCACUCUUUGGCCUGAGCAUUCUUGUUGGUGGCAGAGUUUUGUGCGACCUCUCUUUGGCCAUUGAUGCCCCCGUCGUGAUUGAGAUUCUGGAAGAGCAACCGGGUGGUACAGUUCUGGUGCACGAUCUGCAGGCCCGGCUGCCCUCCAGUUUGGUGGCUGGAGCUAGCGCCUCACAACUGCAGCUGGCCAUUGGCAAUCCGACAAGUCCCGGAAUCGACAAGUUGACCGUGCAGCCUCACCAGACACCCUCCUCGGGCACUCCGGUUGCCUGGCAACUGAUCGUGAAACCCGGACAACGGGGACCAGAUCGCGAAGAGUUGUGUGGACAAACUGAUCUGUCGGCUCGUUCAAAUGCGGUCGUCAGCAUCAUUGAGCCCCAGUCGUCAACG